CCGUGUAAUUUUUAUUUUCGGAGCAUAAUAAUAGAUGUUUGCGUGGGAAUCAGUUGUUAUUUCUCUGGUUGUGGAAGAAAUUAUUGUUUAGCAGACUUAUUAUUUAUUGUUUCUACUUCUUCUAUUUUGUGAUGUGAUUUAUUAUCAUGUUGAGAUACUUGUGUGCGCUGUCACCAUCUGUCAGCAACAUUUAAGUGUAUAUUAAUUAAUUUAUCUACCGGGGGAUUUACAGUGUUUCAUGACAGUGAUAACAGUGACAUUUUCGAUACCAGUUUCUCAGCACGAUGGAGCAUCUACCCGUGUUAAAAGAAAUAUUUUCGAAUAAAUCCGAGGCUGUAAUAGUUGGUAUAAUCAAUCUUACAGUAGAAGCAAAUCCCUGUGAGAGUAGUGAAAUUAUUUUUGAAAAUAUUGUUAACCUAUUAUCAGAAACUGGUGAUUCGACCAUAAAUAACCCUGAAAUGCAAUUUCAUGAGGGUGAUUUAGAUUAUGAGGACGAUUCAGAUUUCGAGGAAGAAGGGGCUGUUGGUUAUGCCAAUCAAUGUGCUAGUCAGGAGGAAAUUAACAGGUACUUCGAAAGAUUGAAAAGUGUGUUUCCUGAUAUUAAUUCAGCUGAACUAAUGGCCAAACUUCAUCAUUAUAAGUACAAUUUAAACUAUGAUGUUAUUGUGGAAGAUCUCACAACCAAUGGUUACACAAUAGAACCAAUUGACUCAACAGACAUUUGGAAUCAACUAAGAGAUAUGUUACCAGAUGCUGAUCCUGAGUAUUUGAGGGAACAGGCUGAGAUUUUAGUUCAAGGCACACCUGAUGCGUUAAGAGCAUUUGUUGAAAAUGCUUUAGAGCAGAAGCAAUACCCCUCAAGGGAAGAUUAUGUGAAGAGGGUUAAAGAACGAAUUGAGUUCCAAAAAUACACAACGAAUUUUAACUUGAAUGAAUACUUGGAAAUAGUACCAAACCCUAUUGAAAAAUAUUCAAACUCAAACAGAAAAUUAAUUUUAGUUGGAGAUGAUGUAGAUCCUAAUGAUAUUAAGUUUGUCAAAGAAGUUUUGUACAAUAAAUACAGAUUUCUCAGGAGAAAAUGUAUUGAUAUGGUGUUCAAUCCUCAAGUUAAUUUAGUACAGAUCUGCAAUAGACUUGAUAGGUUACCCAAAAGUUUGAGGAAGCCAAGAGAUUUGGUAAAAGAAUCUGAUUCAAAAAAUACUGAAUUGUUACAACUGAUGGCAUAUUUGAAGUAUGGAAAAUUAAUAAGAGAUACAAUAAAAGAGAGAGACUCUCUUUACAAAAAUGCCAAAGAGCAAGCUAGGAAAUUUGGACUUUUGGAAGAAUGCAAAAUUUGUGGUGAUGAUGAGCUGAUUCCAGAGGAAUGCUUUUUCUGCACUAAAGGUUGCAUUUAUUGUAAGGACUGCUUGAAAACAGGUCUAGAGGUUGCUAUUGGUGAAGGAAAUCUUGUUUUUCCUUGUCACUAUUGUGAUGCUGUAUUCAGCCAUGGUACCCUUAAAAUGGUUUUGCCAACAAAAACCUUUGAAAAACUGGAAGGCAGGAUCCAGAGCGAGGAAUUGCGUAAGGCAAACCUCGAAGGUUCAGACGUGUGCCCGUUUUGCAACUACAUCCAAUUGUUCGAGGAAAACGACAAGAUUUUCAAGUGCAAAAAUCCCGAUUGUCUCAUGGAAUCCUGCAGAUUGUGCAGGCACAAAUCUCACAUACCGCAACGUUGCGAGGAGAUCGAGUACGAUGAAGACGUCAAAAUGCGGACCUUCAUCGAGAAUAAAAUGGCCGAGGCAGUUAUGAGGACUUGCCACAAAUGCUCAAAAAAAUUCAUUAAAGAACAUGGGUGCAAUAAAAUGACAUGUUCUUGUGGUGCAACUAUAUGCUAUCUUUGCAAUAAGGGUGAUAUUGACUAUCAGCACUUUCAAGCAGGAAGGUGUGAACUUUACACGGAAAAUUUGACAGCACUCCAUUUAGAAAAUGUUAGACGAGGUGCAAGGGAAGCAAAGGCACAAUUAGGGGCGAAAACUUUUAAAUUUGAUCCGGAAAAGGACAUCGAGAAUUUAAUUCAAUAGAUUUGAGAAUAUGUUCCUAUUAAUACUUAUGAUUUUUUAAUAUUUGUCCGUUAAUAACUUGUUCUUUAUUACUAAUACAUACUAUAAUAUUAUAAUUUUAAUAUAUAUGCAUGCAUUUAAAUGGUGACAUGGUCUCGAUAAAGCUUAAUUGCAAAUUGGUGAGCACUGCUAAUGAUAAUAACAACUUGUCUGUGAUCAAACUCUAUAUUUAGGUGUGAACUACAUACAAACGACUUAACGGCUCUACAUAUGGCGAAUGUGCGACGUGGUGCUAGACAAGCUAAAUUAGACUUGAAGGGGAAGCGAGUGAAAUUCGAUCCUGAGGAUCACAUAGAUGAGCUAUUUGCAUAAACUUUAAUACAUAUGUGAUAUUUUGACUUGGGAUUAUGUUAAAUUUGUGUUAUUAUUAAUAUAACCAUACAAUUUUUUA